AUGGCUUCGUACUGUCCGAGUCGUUCGGAAAAUCAUAGUGAAUCCGACUCAGAUGUUAUUAUGUCGCCUUCAUGUGCUACAGGAUUUCCGUUUCAUGUAGACCCAACCGAUGCUGCAAGAAGGCUAUCUGACAGUGGAGAUACUGGUCUACCAUCAAGAGCACAAGAUGUUCCUGUCGUGUAUAACCGUUAUCCACGUAAAAUUAUGAUAUGUUCAUCAAAGACCGAUGAUGCAGUCAUAAAGGCGCGCAACGAGCUAGUUGAGCAUAUCAAGGAGCAUUAUGACUGUAUAGUGAUAGUCCACGACCGCAUAUUACCUACAAUAGAAGCUGAGACUGAGAAACUUUGGGGCCAGGUGCACAAUCUAUAUACUGGACAUUCAUCUUUGCAUAACCAGAAUGAUGAUUCACAUAUAGAGUAUCGUGAGAUAGAUACGCAGUAUGUCGAGCUGAUCAUUGUGAUUGGCGGCGAUGGGACCAUACUGAAGGUCAUUAAGAUGUUCCCUCAUAUAAUACCACCAGUAAUCGGUCUUUCGAUGGGCUCCAUGGGUUAUAUGGCUAAGUUUAAUAUGAGCGAAGUAAAAGAGACGCUGAAAGGGAUCUGUGACGUUGGGAUCACUGUCUCAAGGCUGAAGAUGUUGCAUGUAGAGAUAUACAGCGACACUGGUGAGCUUAUUGCUCGCCGUAACGCUCUGAACGAGUGUGUGGUUGAUCGUGGUCUUUCUCCAUCUAUAACCACGUUAGAUGUUUAUUACAAGGGCACUUACUUCACCACAGUCACUGGUGAUGGUCUUUUAAUAAGCACCCCUAGUGGCUCCACAGCAUACUCUAUGGCAGCGGGAGGGCCGAUAGUACACCCUGCGGUUCCUUCGAUGCUGUUUACUGUUAUAUGCCCUCAUUCUAUAUCAUAUAGGCCGGUCAUAUUGCCAAUAGAUGGUGUGAUUGAUGUAAUUGUGCCAUCUGAUAACCGAGGUUGUGCGAGGCUUUGUGUCGACGGUAACUACCAUUGCAACCUUAAGCAAGGGUAUUACGUACGUAUCUGUGCAUCAAAACAAGCGUUUCCACUAGUAUUGCCGAACAAUACACAAACAUUUGAGGAGUGGAUUCGUGCUUUGCGUGAGCACCUUCACUGGAAUUUCCGUGUUAGGCAGAAGCACAUUGCUAUAGAUACUCAAGAUACGUAUACACAGGUAGAGAAGGAGUUCGGUGAGACACAAUAG